AUGGACUCUGAUACCAAGGCACCAGCCGCUACUACGGCCAGCGCCGAAGCGGCGGCACCCGUACCGCGCACAGCGUCCACUAUGGAUGUGGAUACCGCAACUCCUUCACUCCCGCUUCCACUCGGCUUGGAGACGCUUCGGUAUCCGACCGCAUCUUCGUGCUGGCUAGCCAUCCUCAACAUCUUUGGCGACGCACUGCGGCCCGUCGGCUCGGACACCUGCGACGUCGAGAGAAUCUGCGCCAAGGCCGCAGUCGCUCUCAACAUGCUCUGUCCCGCCAUCGACGAGAGUCUUCCCGCUCAUGAUCAUAUCAUUGUGGACAAACCCGACGGACGCUCCGUCGGAGACAAAGAUCACGAAAACGCCUUUGGCGAUUCCGGAAACAAAAACCACGAUUACUCCGUUGGUGACUAUGUGUGGGAGGUCUGGACAGUGUAUCUUGACGCUGUCCGAGCCAUUCCGGGCGAGACAAGGUAUGCCGAUAAAAAGAUGGUAAUAGAGAUCUAUGUGGGCAUUUUGGAUGCCCUGCGCCAGCUACUACGUGGUGUGAUCCGGUUAUGGGACCGUGAACAUCGGCUCUGGAACGACCUGCCUUUGUUUGACGAAUUCAUGGCCGAGAGCGAGAAUGGGCCGUGGCUAGCGGACGAGCCGUCGGACGAUGCGAUCCGGCAGUUUUGCAAUCAGAGCGCGCUUCGGGUGCAAUUUAGCAACAUGGACAUGGCCCCAUGGGAAGACUACGGCAUGGAUCCCUUACGAGAUGCGCUGGAAGGUGGAGAGACGAAAGGAGACGAGAUGGAAAACAUGGCGGAGAGCAACGACAGCAACGACAGCAGCAGCAACAAAGGCGACAUAUGGACGCAGCGUCGGAAGUGCGACAUACUGGCGGCUACAACGUGGCUCAUCUACGGCAGCCCAAAGCUGCUACAGCUGGCCCAAUUAAGCGACUCGCACAAUGAACAGCACGGCAGCAGUCGCUUCACUUAUGAUGAUGAUGAUGCUGUUUCGCCGGGUCCAUUGUUUCGGGCGGAGCAUCCAGACGCCCGACAUGGUAUGUCUGGGUUGCGCUGGCGGUUUUGGAAGGUCAAGUUGGAAGCAUUGCUGCUGCCACACAAGGUCUCAACAUUGCCCAAUGAUGUGCGGGACGCUGUGGCAUGUGCCCUUGCGAAGAUGGAACAGGCAGAACAUGAGAGAGCGGAGCACGACGCUGCACUAACGCGCAAGUUUGAGUUGCAGAUGGAGAUGGAACUUGAAGAGGAGAAGGAGAAGGAGAUGACAAAGGUUACAGACAUUUUCGAACUGGAGAAACUCCGACGAUUCACAUCCACGUCGACCGAGCUGGCCAUCCUCACCAUCUUUCGCCAGGCACUCCGGUCGGAUGUCGUUCCGGAUGUUGAGAAAACGUCUGCCUUGGCAGCGGCCGCCAUUAACGCGCUGUGCCCCCCGAUAGGAGACACCAACAACAGUCAAGCAGCGUCCGAGGUCAUCGAGACGUUUCUGUGGGAGCUGUGGACCCUCUAUUUGGAAGUCGCACGGUCCGUCCCGCACAAUGCGGAACAUCCCGGUCAAGCGACCCUGAUCGGCAUCUUGGACGCGCUGCGCCUGCUGCCUCGCGGUACCGUCACAAUCUGGAACGGCGAGAUGGAGCUCUGGAGUGCGUUGCCCUUGCUCCGGGCGGUGGUGUUCGACCACAGUAGCGGCCCGUGGGGCGUAUCGCCGGGCGUGGAUGUGGACGACGAGGCACAAAGAGAAGACGACAUCCGUUACUGGCGCAACCAGAAUGCCUUUUUAGCGCGUUGUCUGCAGGAAAAACUGGCCAUGUGGGACGGCUAUGCUGUCCGAGCCAUGGAGAAGGCGUUGGAAGGAAGAGAAGAAGAGGAAAAAGAGGGGGGGGCGAUGGGAGAGAUUGGAGAGACUGGCGAGUCUGGCGAGACUGGUGAGGUUGGCCUUGGUGACAAGACACCAAAGACGCUCACGACUCGACAGCGAUGCGACCUCCUGGCCGCAACGACAUGGGCGAUCCACAGCAGCCCGGCGCUGCUCGACGCGGCGGACAUGUACGAUGUCACCCCGGCGCUUGGAGGUGGAAGCGGCGAGGACAAGACGGCGCUGGACCCAGGCCCGCGGUUCCGCGCCAGAGUGCCGGACGCGCGGGCCGGCCUGACCACGGCGCGGUGGACGUUCUGGAAGACGGAGUUUCAGGCGCUGUUGCAGUCGCCCGACGUCAUCGUGACGGACGACGUGCGUGAGGCCGUGGCACUGGCCGUGGAGCGGAUGGAACAGGCCGAAGCAGAAAAGGCGGAAAAGGAGGACGACGUCUUUCGCGAGUGGGAGGCGGAAAUGGAGCUGGCGGGAGACGACGGCGGGAAGGACGGCCAGGAACACCUGGGCCAGAUCGACAACAAGAAAGUGCCCGACCUCGGCGAGGCCCUCGAGAACGGCGAGACCGUCACGGCGCAGGUCAUCGAGGGCGACGUGUUUGACGGGCAGGUGAAUACCGACCGCGUGCUGACGAUUGGCACGCUGCUCAGCCCGCUGCGGAUGGACCAGGUGCCCAUCAUCCGCUGCAUGGGGCUCAACUACCGCGACCACGCGCGCGAGGCCAACAUGCCGAUCCCGGACACGCCGGUGCUCUUCAUCAAGCCGCGCACGGCGCUGGCCGGCCCCGCGCCGGCGCGCAUCAACAUCCCCGCGAUUGCGCAGGACGGCACGAGCGACUACGAGGCGGAGCUGUCGUUUGUCAUUAGCAAGACGGGGCGCAACAUCCCCACGUACCGGGCGUUUGAGUACGUCCUGGGCUACACGGCCAGCAACGACGUCAGCGCGCGCGCGCAGCAGUUCAAGAACAGCCAGUGGUGUUUUAGCAAGGGCCUCGACGCGUCGUGUCCGAUCGGGCCGGUGCUCGUCGCGGAGCGCGCGGUGUCGAACCCGCACGAUCUCGGCAUCCAGGCCAUUCUCAACGGCGAGGUCGUGCAGGACACCAAUACGUCCGAGAUGAUCUUCAACAUCCCCGCCAUCAUUUCCUUUCUGUCGCAGGGCACCACGCUGGAGCGCGGCACCAUUGUCAUGACGGGCACGGGCCCUGGCAUCGGCGCCAUGCGCUCGCCCACGCUGUCGCUGCAGCACGGCGACGAAAUGCGCAUCACCAUUGCCGAGAUUGGCACGCUCAUCAACAGGGUGCACUACGAGAGACGCAAGGUCAAGUGCGACCGCACUUUGCCACACUGCCUCGUCUGCAUCCAGACGGACCAGGUGUGCGAGUAUCCGCUGCGGCCCAAGAAGCCCGGACCCAAGAUUGACGGGGGCAGCGCCCAUGGCCGUACCCAUGCCAGCACUGCCAGGGGUGACAAAUGGGCGUCACGAUCGUCUGGAUCAGCCUCGGAUGCUGAAGGACAGCAUGACGACGACUGUGGUGUGAAUGACACAAGCGAUGCCGUCGACACGAGCCACCACUCUGCCGUCACCAGCACGGCCUCACCGCCUGGCUCCACCACCGACGAGUGGACCCGGCGCCGCCGCAACUCGCGCCUCAACAUCAGCGAUUUGUCGUUUAUCCUGCACCCCUCGCACGACGCGUCGACGCCGGACAACGAUGGCGAUGCUGUGCACGGACACAAUAGCGGCCCGGGACAGCAGGUAGACCGGCCGUUGUCUGCCUCCCCCACGGCCACUAUUUGCCCUCGCCUGGCGCCCUCCCCCCGAGCGUCCACACCCGUCCAGCAGGCCGGCCGUGCCCUCGGCGUCUCCGAGGCCAUGCUGCGCGCGUCCCUCCGGAGCUACUUUGCCAACAUGGUCGCCAUCAACCUGUUCCACCGGCCGUCAUUUGGGACCAAGUUGCGUGCCGUGGCCGCCGCCUCGCCGGUGCAGCUGCAUGCGUUGUUGGCGGCGAUGGCGGCGUAUGCGGCGAGAUUCCUGCCAGAGACUGCCGGCCAGGCAAUCCACCGACAGCCACAGCAGCCCACAAUCUUUCCCACGGAGGGCAUCGACACGGACUGCAUCGACCCGACGAUGACGUCACUGCCGGAGAUGAACGCGACACCGCCGGCGCAGACGCCGCUGACCACCGCUGCGACACCGAUGCCUCCGCCGCCUCCCCCACCAGCCACACCCGAGCACUUCCUCGACCUGGCCCGCCGUUUCAUUGCACAAGCAUUGGACGACUGCGGCGACGACCCGCCCACGCUGGCGAUUCUGCAGGCCAGCAUCAUCUGCACGCACUGCGAGCUGACGCGCGGUGUGCACGGCCGGGCCUGGCGGUCGCUGGGGAUGUGUGUGCGGCUGGCGUAUGAGAUGAAUUUGCAUCUCGUGGAUGCGAGGUCGUCGUUGUCGUUGUCGUCGUCGGCGUCGUCGUGGCGCGACGCAGAAGAAAAGAGACGGGCGUGGUGGGCCAUCUGGGAGAUGGACGUGUUUGCGAGCACGAUCCGGCGGACGCCGACGGCCGUGGACUGGACGCAGAUGGAGACGCUGCUGCCGGUCGACGAUACGGAUUGGUUUGCCGCGGCAAGCGACGACCAUUCGAGUGACGACCAUUCGAACGAAGCGAGGACAAACGAAAAGACAAAAGACGAAACGAGCGGAGCGAGGACAACAGAAACAAGUGGAGCAAGGACACAGCAAGCACCACGAUCACAAAGCUGCUUCCUGGAACUGGACCCUGUCCGGCGGUGGAAGGCGCUCCAGGCCUCCGGCAACCAGUCGCCCAAGGCGUGGUUCCUCGUCAUCAACUCGCUGAUGAAGGACGCACGCGUCAUCUCGAGUCCGCGGGGUGUUCGCUUCCACGACGACCGGCAGGCUCGCACGACGGCAACAGCGUCGUCGCCACGACGCAAGACACGUCCCGCUGGCCCCUGUUCCGCGCAAGAGGCCCGCCAGACACUCGAGACUCUGGCCAACUGCGUGCAGUGCUUUGUGCUGGCGCUGCCGGUCCACCUGCAGUACCGCAACCAGUGUCUCGGGUUUGGAGAGGGGACGCCGGACGUGCCCGUGUCUGUGUUUGCCGGCAUGUCCCGCGGGUCUGUGCGCCAGCUGCACUGCGGCAUCUACAACAUCUACGUCAUGACCCAACUCACCCGCCUCAUGAUCCACCGCUACGAAGUGUUUGGCGCCCACGCCCACGCCGGGACAGGCCAAAUACAUAUGCCCCUGACGUCGUCGUCGUCGGUCCUCCCGUACUUUGAGGCCGCCGACAACAUCUUGACCAUUGUCAACCGCAGCUGCGACGAGCACAUCCGCUACAUCAACCCGUUCUUGCUGAGCACCCUGUGGCUGGCGGCCGCCGUCCAGCUGGUGCGGCGCUAUGUGGCUGUGCCGCGCCCUGGACGGGGACACCGCGAUCAAAGCGAUACUGGCAACGCCAACACCGCCACCUUGAUCAAGUCCCGCUUCGAUGUGCUGUACCUGACAUACAAACGCGGUGCCGCGUUCUGGAAUGACCGCACGGCUAUGGAGCAGAACCUGGAGGCGUUGGAGGCACAGCUGGAGAGUGACCGUGAAGGUGGGGAGGAGAUCGACGAAGAGGGCCCUGAAGGCGAGGUCGGUGAUAAUGGCGACAGUGAGGUCGACGAGGAGAGCAGCCACGCAAAGCGACGAGACAGUAACCGGAGCUAUGGGGAGGAAAAUGAUCACCAGACGAAGAGGGCGAGGGUGACGAGGGCGACGACGAAAAUUGCCAAGGAAAACACAAACAAAUGGCAAAAGAAAGGGUCAACCCGUGGCAGUGGGACGGGCCAAGCUUCGCAGUCAGGCCGGCAGACCUCUCACGCUACCGACCGGCCGUAUGCAUCGUGGACCAGCACCAACCAGCCACAAAUGUCGCCCACCUCACUCAUCCCGGAGCCACUACAGCACACACAACCGCAAUCCCAGCAUCAAGUAGCCUUCGCCUUGGCGCAUCCCAGUCUGCAGGCGGUCCACCCAAAGCAGCAACAACUGGCCCCCACACCACGCUCGACAUACAGUGAUCCCACCGACGCCUCGUCGGCAUUUACAGAUGGUGACAUGAUGAACGGGGCGGUUGGCAGGACUGCCGGCAACACGACGGGCCGUCAACGCCGACCUACGGUCUCCUCUGUGGACUGUUCCUUUCCGUUUGCGUCGCCUCUGGGACAAAACAGCACGGCGUCUGCAAAUGGAUACUCUCCGGCCAUAUUACCUGAAAACAGCACUGACGCCGCCCAGGCCCAGGCCCAGGCGCUCCUCGCGUUUAUGCAGCUGUCGGCGGGAAGAUAUGGUGGUCACCACCAAGCACAGGGUGGCCGUGACUCGUUUGUCGUCGAUACCCCGAGUUCUGCCGACGUCUCGAGCGUCCCGCUGUCCGUCAUUAGUCCGACUCCCUUUGAGCCCGAGUUGGGCAUCGACGACAUGCACCUGCAGCAGCAGGAAAGCAGUGAAGGAGGGGAGAGCAACAGCUUAGAAUGGCGCGGGCUGGACCUGCCCAUGGACAUCCACGAUUUGCUGAGUGGUUUUUCUACGUAUUGA